AUGAAGUUUGGAACUGAAUUCAACUCAAAAAUAAACGAACCAUGGCGAGCAUCUUAUAUUCAGUAUAACAGACUCAAUGCUCAGCUUAAAAAUCAACGUACCUGGACAGACAAAGACAAGAUCAAUUUUCAGCAGCAGAUUGAAUCCGAACUCAAAAAAGUGUAUGGCUUUGUUCAAGCUCGCUUGGAUGCUCUCAAGCAACGUGUCGACAAGUGCGAUACACUCCUCAAAAAAAAGAAAACAGCCAUCACUUAUGAUGCCGUCGCUGACAGUUUGGCUGAAAUUCUGAUUGAUGUUGACGAUCUCACUAAAUUUCAUGAACUCAAUUUGGCUGGAUUUGACAAGAUUACCAAGAAACAUGAUAAACAAACACAAGGUGGAUUGAGAACCGUGUAUUUCAAUCAAUUGCUCGAGACUUAUCCUCUGGAUAAACAACGCUUUGACGUCUUGAUGGUGCGUAUCUCAGACAUGCAUGAUCUCUGUCGACUUCAUGGCAAUCCUCGCUCUACACAAGCCUAUAGUGCCGGGGGCGAUCAAACCGCUUUUGAAAGGGCCACGAACAAGUACUGGAUUCAUCCGGACCAUAUUACUGAAGUCAAGGCCAUCAUCUUGUUGCAUUUGCCUAUCCAUGUUUUUAACCAGAAAAAACAAUACGAGUCCAAAGAUGCAGCUGUCUCGAGUGUAUAUUAUGACAAUGCUAACUUUGACCUGUAUCAUGAACGACUGAAUCGAUCCAAAGGUGCAGAAGCGAUCCGUAUUCGUUGGUAUGGCCAAAGUGAUGAACUGAACGAUGAUGUCUACGUGGAAAGAAAGACGCACCAUGCUGCCUGGUUGAAUGACAAGUCUGUCAAGGAUCGGUUCAGACUAAAGGAAACCCAAGUGAACGAUUUCAUGAGUGGUGCUUAUUCAGCUAAUGACUUUAAGCGAGACUUGGAAAAGAAGGGUAAACUGGACUCGGUCGCAAUCGAAGAAAACCAUUUUGUGGCAGACGGUGUUCAGCAGUCGUUCAAGAACAGAGAUUUGAAGCCUAUGUGUCGUGUGUUUUAUAACCGUACUGCUUUUCAAUUACCUGGUGAUCAACGACUCCGUAUCAGUCUGGAUUCCAACUUGACGUUUAUUCGCGAAGAUCAUUUGGAUGGUAUCAAACGACGUGCUCGUGGCGGAAAAGAGAACUGGCGAAGGACCGAUGUGGGUAUUGAUUUUCCUUUCCGAAACGUUCAAGAAAGUGAUAUCUUGCGAUUUCCUUAUGCUAUUUUGGAAACCAAGAUCCAGAGUCAUUUAGGGCAAACCGCGCCUGCCUGGUUAUGUCAGUUGUUAGACAGUCAUUUGGUCCAUGAAGUUCCUCGGUUCUCCAAGUAUAUCCAUGGUGCCAGCUAUCUGUUUAAAGACAAAGUGCCUCAAAUGCCUUAUUGGUUACCUGAACUAGAGCAAGAUAUCCGAAAGCCAAUCACACCCAAUGUAGGUCUUUCGCGUUCUCAAAGUUUCAAGCCUUUAUUCAACGGCCGUCAUCGAAGAUCGCUUGCUUAUGAAGACACGGCUCAAAACUCAGAAACCAAAAAGACCAAGAAGGGCAACAACAUUCCUCACUUGUCCAUUAACUUUUCAGACAAUCCUUUGCCGCCUAUUACUAGUGCAAAAGAGACAGCCACACCCGGCCGUGAUUUAGUCUCUCGAUUCUGGGCCAACAAUAAGUUUUUAGAUGAAAAGAAAGGUGAUUACAAGGCUUCUCCUUUGACACCGGGUGGCGGUCUGUUGGGCGGUACGCCAGGCAGUAAACGCAAAUCACUGCUGAUGAAAAAGAAUGAUCCCAAAGCCUUUUUCGCUAAUGAACGUACCUUUAUCUCCUGGUUACAAUUUUGUGCCUUGUUGUUGACUGUCUCUUUGAAUCUACUUAAUUACGGUGAUCGUAUUUCUCGUAUUGUAGGUGCUUGCUUUAUUGUGUUUUCUUCUGCUAUAGCCAUGUAUGCUUUGGCUCGAUUUCAACUUCGUGCUUAUUAUAUGAGAACAGGUCGUUCAGCAUCCAACAUGGAAGAUAUUUAUGGUCCCAUCUUAUUGUGUAUUUUGCUCGUUACUGCUUUAUGCAUCAACUUUUACCUUAGAGCACCACUUAUUUUCUCUUCAGCAAGCACAACGCAACCUUUAUCCCAACCAUAA